AGCUGCUGUUUUGGCGGAACAGGAGCAGAGCAGGAAUAAUGGAGGAGGAAAGCCGGGACACGGAGAACAGCAACGGAGAGGAGUCCUCCUCAGCUCGCGCUGAGCUACAGAAACGUGGUGGCCACAAGAGACCCAGACAUCAUGGCUCCCAGCACCAUGACAACGCCUCAAACAAGAAUCGGAAGAUUCACAUGGAUGACAAACAGUACAGCUGUGAUCAAUGCCCAUCCAUUUUCGCUCGACUGCAGACUUUCUUAACGCACCAGCGUGUUCACACAGGAGAGAGACCGUACAGCUGUGACACAUGUGGCUCAGCUUUCACUCAGUUGUCUCAUCUGAGGAGGCACGAGCGAAGUCACACCGGGAAGAAACCAUACAGGUGUGAUCAGUGCCCUUCCACUUUCACUCAACUAAGUAGUUUCUUGAGCCACCAGCGUGUUCACACAGGAGAGAGACCAUACAGCUGUGACACAUGUGGCUCAGCUUUCACUCAGUCGUCCCAUCUGAGGAAGCACAAACGAAGUCACACCGGGGAGAGGCCAUACAGCUGUGAUCAGUGUGGUCAGACUUUUACUCUAAAAUGUAGUCUGAACACUCACUGCAUACGUUUGCACACAGCAGAGAAACCAUACAGCUGCGACCAGUGUGGUAAAAGUUUUGCUUUGAAAUUUUCCCUGAAAGUCCACCAGCAAAUCCACACCGGAGAGAGUCCGCCCUGGUGUGAGGAGUGUGGAAAACCUUUUUCUCACACGUGCUCCCUUAAAAAUCAUCAAAGAGUUAUCAUUGGAGAAAGGCCGUACAGCUGCGACAAGUGUGGGAAAAGUUUCAAGCAGAAGUGUAUUUUACAAAAACACAGCAAAACUCACACUGGAGAGAAGCCAUACAGCUGUGAGGAGUGCGGGCAGAGUUUCACCCGCCCGUGCUCUCUGAGGAAACAUCAGCGUAUCCAUACCGGAGAAAGACCGUACAGCUGUGAUGAGUGUGGGAAAGCCUUCAGUCGGCAGUUCAGCCUGACAUGUCACAUGCGAAUCCAUACAGGAGAAAAACCAUACUGGUGUGAGGACUGCGGUCAAACGUUCCGUCACAAGGGCACCUUCAAACAACACCAAGAACAACAUCAGAAUAGGACAGAGAACUUGGAGCCGGGAUCAGCAGAAGUCUCUUUAUAAAGAACCAUUUCAUGUUUCAUGUAGAAGAUUUUCAGAUCUUCUUCCUUUUUAAUGUCUGCAGUGGAAUUCCGUAUGCGGUUGUUCUAUUGUUCAGAACAUCAUAAACACAUUGGUGUGGUCUGCUUGUUGCAGUGUGCUGCUGUGAGGGGAAAAAACGCUGAACAACAGAAAUGAGUAACUUUCUGUGGCACUCUUAAAUUAAUACUGUGAAUAAUACCUAUGGGAGAUUUAAAAACAAACAAACAAACAAACACCCAAUUAAAGAUGACAAACAUUUAUUUAAUGUAGGCACAGAAAAUGAGACUGACCAGAAACCACCUCCACAAACUUGCUGUAAAACCAGAGGAGAAGAUGUCCUCAGGGAUCCACAGACCACCAGGAGCUGCUCACAGUUCUGCAUAUCGGGCAUUUCAGAGCCCCCAAUCAAAACCCUUUGUUCCUGUUAGGACGAUAAAUGGCACACUUCUUCUUUAAGGACCACAAACUUGUGCUUCCUGUAGAAGCUGCCCUGAUCCUGCCUUUUUCCGAAGCUAUGUUGUUACAGUGCUGAACCACUACCUGGGGGGAAAAAAAACUAAAACAAAGUAAAACUGCAUUUGUUUUACUUUUUUUUCUGGUGCAAAGUAAAGUUUGUUUCCUUUUCAGGGCCUGUAAAAUGAAAUCAUUAACCUCAUUAAUGUUUAUUAUAAUGUUUGUUGACAAAAAAAUAAAGGGAUGCG